GCUGCUCACAGCUCGAGGCGUGCUUUAGGAGCAGGAUAGUAAACAAUCAGCAGUCAUCUGGACUGACACCCUGGACCACUCAUGAUUUUGACACAUGAUCAUUAAUUCAUUUACAGCCUUGAAGAACAAAAACAACAACAAUUCGCAUAUGCAUUUUUUUUAAUUUUCUACACAGAAGUGCCUUUGUGUGACUGGAAAGCGCGAGCGCUUUGCUUAAUGGGAUACAAUAGGCACAAGUUUACGCCUGUCAGUUGGAUUUUAACAGCCAUUGAACACACAGUGGCUGGAUGAGUCAAGCUCCAGUUAUGGACGGAUCGACACUGCGGUGACCUUAAAACAUUAUUCAGAAUUUGUUGGAAAUACUUUUAUAGUCAUAUCAAAUCAAAAAAAAAGAGAUGGACUCGAUCGGGAACACCAUGCAGAACAAGGCUGCCGAGCUGGAGCGCAUGGCUGAAGUCCUCAUUACAGGCGAGCAGUUGAGACUGCGGCUUCAUGAGGGCAAAGUCAUCAAAGACCGGAGGCAUCAUCUCCGUACCUACCCCAACUGCUUUGUAGCUAAGGAGCUUAUUGAUUGGUUGAUCGAACACAAGGAGGCCACAGACAGAGAUAUGGCCAUCAAGAUCAUGCAGAAGUUGCUGGAACAAAGUAUCAUCCAUCAUGUUUGUGAUGAGCACAAGGAGUUCAAAGACAUGAAGCUGUUUUACCGCUUCAGGAAAGAUGACGGAACGUUUCCUCUGGACAGCGAGGCUAAAGUUUUCAUGAGAGGCCAAAGGAUAUAUGAGAAAUUGAUGAAUGCAGAGAACAGCCUUCUAAAGACGCGUGAGGAGGAGAACAUUCCCUAUGAGCGCACACUGGUGGCCUCUGAGUUUAUUGACUGGCUCUUGCAGGAGGGAGAAAUUACCACCAGAGAGGAGGCAGAGCAACUUGGACGGAGACUGCUGGAGCAUGGAAUCAUUCAGCAUGUCACCAACAAGCAUCACUUUUCGGAUGGUGACCUCCUGUUUCAAUUCCGGAUGAAUUUCCGGCGCCGGCGGAGACUGAUGGAGCUGCUGAAUGAGCGAACUCGGGUGAUUCCAGAGAGCCACGACAGCCCGUUCUGUCUGCGGAAACAGAACACGGAGAUCAGCAACAACAGCUUCCUCUCUGUGAGCCCCACUAAAGAGAUUAAGGUGGUAUCUGCAGUGAGGCGCAGCAGUAUGAGCAGUAGCUGUGGCAGCAGUGGGUAUUACAGCAGCAGUCCCACUCUGAGUAGCAGUCCUCCUGUGCUCUGCAACCCCAAAUCUGUGCUGAAAAGACAAGUAAGCCCAGAGGAGCUGCAGACUCCAGGAGGCACCUUCAUAAAGAAGACAUUCACUAUUGUAGGUGAUGCAGUGGGAUGGGGUUUUGUGGUCAGAGGAAAUAAACCCUGCCACAUCCAGGCUGUUGACCCCAGUGGACCUGCUGCAGCAGCAGGGAUGAAGGUGUGUCAGUUUGUGGUGUCGGUUAAUGGGCUGAAUGUGUUAAAUCUGGACUACAGGACCGUCAGUAACCUCAUCCUCACAGGACCCAGGACUGUGGUCAUGGAGGUCAUGGAAGAGUGUCAGUGAAAAUCUGUUUUGGUGGAAUCUUCAGCAGAAUGUUCUAGAGAUCCAGUCAUGUCAGUGGUCUUAUCACUAUUACUUCUAAAUUCGGUGACUUCGGUGACACGACUUCCUGUCUGCGCAUCACAUCAUUCUCCGACAGAGGAACAAAAGGGAAGUGUGUCAAGUCAUGCCAUCGUAACAAACUGUGUACAGAUUGGAGAAAUUGUUCUGCCUAGAUUUAUGAUAUGCUUCUUGAAUACGGGAAUCCAUUCCGAAACUUUUUGUGUGUAGCAUUCAAGUGAUGACCAAUAGCUUCGUUUAGGCUUGAGUGAGGUUUAUGUGUAGCUGAGCAAGGCUAACAAUAUCAUACUGUUGUGUUGCAGUGUUGCAGUGCAGUCGAGCAUGGAUAACAAAGUGUCAAUUCCACACAUUUUCAGGGCUAAGUGUCAAUAGGUCAUAUUUUGAGACACCCGAAAGUUCUUUAUCAUUAGGAUUUAAAAGGGAAAAGCUUUACCUCGGCAGUGUCAGAAAUAUGUCAUGUUUUUGUUUUGGUUUUUUUGCAUCCGUAAACUUUAAUGAAGAAAAAUGUUGACAUUCAAAAGAAGAGCACUUGUAUCUGAUUUCUAUAGGUCUUCAAGUUUUGUAAGUAAAUAUAGGACCCGUUUAAAAACAUCAUCAUGUUGUAACCAAUUUACACUGCAGAAAAAUGUCAGUUUAGCACAGGAAAAUAUCUUGAAAAGAAUAAAUUGACCCUCUAUGAUAAGAUUACAUUUACCCAAAUAUAAGAUUAUUAAAUCUGUUCAUUUUUCUUUCAAGUUUCUUAUUUCAUGAGCAGAAAAUGUUGCUUCUUUCGAGCAAAAUUAUCACGACUAUCUAUUUUUAAAAGGAAAUGCUAACCAAUGUUUUACUCCUUCCGAUCUAUCAAGAUAUUUUCACUUGCUAGGAUGACAAUUUUGACAGUGUAGUUAAAGUGAAAGCGUCUGCUAGGCAACUGGAAAGCUUUUUUUUUAAGCUUCUUUCAUAAUGUGAAACAUACAGUAGCAAUAGUGGUAACAUAUUUUUUCAUAUUAAGGUUCCUGUGUUUAUUUCAUUUAUCAAGUCACACGUGUUAAACCUAGCAUUAAUACUCUUGAGUAAUUUAACUGAGGUUUAAAUGCUAAUUUAAUACGACAGCAUUGAAUCCUUGACUAAAAAUAAGUCCACAGAAAUGAGAAAAAAAAAAAGAAAUAAAUUACUCCGUGUUCCUAAAUGUGGCCAUUUUACAGAAAU